CCAAGCCCCCAUGCAUGAUGGCUUCUCAGUGUUUGUGCUCGUAUUGAAAGUUAUAUGUUGUUGUCGGAAAUAUUAAUAAUGAGGAAUAUAGCGUCUUUACAGUAGGCGGUACUUCAUUACGAUCGGUUUAAUUGAAAUUCGUCCUGGCGUCAUUGACGAUGCAGUCUGCAAAAGUGAAUUCCAAGGAGAGAAGUGGGUCGAGCUCAAGCACAAAAGAGCGAAGACGAUCGAGGAGUAGAGAAAGAGAUGAGAAGAAACGAAAACGCAGCCGAAGCAGAUCAUCAUCGUGCAGCUCCUCCUCCUCCUCCUCCUCUUCGGCGUCAUCACGGUCCUCUUCUAGCAGUGACUCAACAAGCAGUAGGACUAGCUCCAGUAGCAACGAUUCUUAUCAGAAAAAGAGGAAGACUUCAAAGAAAAGGAAAAAGGAGAAACCUGGCAAGAAGAAAUUUAAAAAAGAGAAAGCCCGCAAACGAAAGAAGGACAAGAAACACAAAGAAGAUGACUGCUCUGGUCCAGUUCAGAUUUCCAAGUACCUUAAGGAGAAGAAGCGGAGCGGCAAGUAUAGCAUGAUCUCAGGGAAGAAGAUCAAAAUGAAGGUGAAGAAAUCAAAGAAGGACAAGCAGAGGGACAAAAAUCGUGCCGAGCUGUUGGAGUUUCUGAACUCUACUUUCUGAUACAGGCAGCAUGCUGACCUGCUAACCAGAGCUUUCCACUUUCCCCCAUCAUCCUCCUCUUUAAACAGGCCAAGCAGCUCUCAGGGAAAGGCCAACUUCCUGUAAUGGACAGCAGCAUGUGGCUUUAAACAGCUGUCAGAAUGGGAGGAAUGUGUUAUUUUGUUAAUAUCCAGGAUCAAAAUGUGAUACUAGUAGUGGUGCCCCUCCCUGGGCCUGAGCGCUAAAUGGUCACUGUGCUCUGUGUUGACUGUUCCCACAUGAACUGUUUUAUUUUAACAUUGAUCUUUUUUCAGCUGAUUUUCCUCCUUUUUGCUCCUGCUUGACCUCCAUUUAGACCACCAUAAAGUAAUAGUGAUCUCCAAAUGUACUUUUGAAGGAUUUUAAAUUGACAAAGGACAAUUAUGGAGACCUUUUGACUUUGUUUAUUUUACAUAACUGUAAAAUGUUUAAAUCCAAAACCCUAACUAACAUUACAAUAUGUUGAUCUGAAACUUUGCUUUUUUAUUUAACUUUGACUGCCACUUCCUUGUAAAUCUUGCAGUAAAAUGACCUUUCCUGA